GCUCACUAGUCAGUUUGGGUUGAGCUUCGAGUGGGGAAGGUUGUCGUGGUGGUGGUGGAGGGUAACAGCUAAGUGGCAGGAUGUCCGGAGAGGCAGUGUACCUGCUGGCCUCCUUACUGCUGGCGUACCUCGUCUAUGUCUUAGUGACUCGAGGUGGGCGCGGUGUGCUGUGGUACUGGUGGCGGCGCGGGCGGGUAGCGGGCGAGGUGUGGUGGGCGCGGGCGGAUGGUGGCGCGGGAGGGCGGGACAGAAGACCGGAGCAUGCUGGAGUGCUGGGAGCUUCUGCAUAUGAAAGAGAGAUGGAACAGCCCAAACCCUUCGUGACGGACCGGCAUGAGGAUGUAAUGAGCGUUUGUGGCGUGGACAGCGAGGGGCGGGCUGUUGUCAUACGGGCUGCUAGACUCUCCCGCAGACGCGCCUCUCUGUUCGUCAGUGUCACCGACAAGGAUGGAACAGUUUACACCUUGCCCAACCAGCCAGACACGAGCCAGGUCAACGUGGAAGGCGAUGGGUGGGGCGGGGCCGGCCUGACCUUGACCUGUGUUGACCCCAUGAGACUGUGGAGAGUCAAAUUCAAUGGCCUACUGAGACGAGGCACGAGAGAAGAAUACAUUACGGAAGGAGAGAAAAGGACAGGAGAAAAUGAACAAGAGGAAGAGGAAGAGGAAGAGGGAGAGAUUGUACAUGCGCGUCUGCAUUUCCUUUGGUGUGCACUUCGAGGUCCAAUAGAGGCGUGGGCAGUGGUGAGUCCCCGUCUCCUCUCCCGCGCCCUUGCCCCGCACCCAAACGCUCUUCCGCGAGAUUACCUAGAGGAGGAGAGGGACCAUUAUGAGCAGUGGGGGAGUCUACAUGGCACGGUUCAGCUGCAGGACGGCGCCUCGAUUGACACCUGGUACCUGCGAGGACCACGAAGGCACAGGUGGGGCUUGGCAGAUGCAGUGGGGCGAGGAUUGAGUACCUGUGUGUAUUUCAAGAAUGGUGAUGUGUUUUCUCUAAGAGCUCACAGUCCAGUCGCCUCCGGUCCUCAGUACAUGAAUGGUUACCUGAACAAGGCGUCGGGUCACGUGCAUCCCGUAACCUGGUGUGACCUUGACCUUAAUAAGCUGGACAAACUAGACCAGCUCGGCCACAACCUGCUCAUUAAAUUCAAAGCCGGGGGUCAGACGUACGAGGCGUGGCAGAGGUUGGGCCCAGCGGUGACCUACUACACUGGUGACCCUUGGACUUGCGGUCACGCCCUCCACGCUGCCACUACCGCCGCCUCCCACUCCCACGGCCACGCCCUCACGACUCUCUCCUUCAGGUACACAGCCCUCUGCCCCGUGCCGGAGAGAGAGAGUCUGCCCCGUGUGGAGGUCCCCCAGGGUUUGGAGGGGAGUGGCGUUCCCCUGGUGGUGACCCUGGAGGACCCCCGCUGCAGAAACACGGGGCUGGCAGGGGGAAAGGGCGCCUCUCUGGCCAUGCUCACCGCCUACAGGGAGCUUCUUGACCCUGACCAGGAACCGUACGAGGUGCCCCCUGGGGUAGUGGUCACCUCAAGGGCGUGGGAGCUGCAGCUGGCCGCCUGCCCCGAUUUGCAACAGGCUAUCAGGAACCUACGCCUCGCCUCCGCUGCAGGACAGGCCGCUAGACUGAAGGAGGCGUGUUUGAGAGCGGUGGAGGUGUGCAAAACCGUGGAAAUAUGCGCCGAGGUAACAGAAGCAUUGCUCACCUGUCUAGCGGAAAUGAUUAAUCCAGAGACGACUAGGCUGGCGGUGCGUUCCUCGGGCUGCGUGGAGGACGGGUCAGAGGCGUCAGCAGCGGGCCAGAACGAGACUGUCCUUGGCGUGGUGGGGCGGGGUGAACUGCUGGCGGCUGUCACUACCUGCUGGGCCUCCCUCUUUACAUAUCAGAGCGUGGAGUACCGCAGGCAGCGUGGGCAGCCCGUGGAGAGUGGCAUGGGCGUGGUGGUGCAGGAGAUGGCGGUGGCGGAGGCUGCGGGCGUCGUGUUCACUGUGGACCCUGCCACUGGUGACCCCUCCACCAUCACCAUCACUGCUAACUACGGCCUGGGAGAGAGCGUGGUGUCGGCAGGAGCGGAGCCAGACACGGUGGUGGUGAAGAGAAGUUGGCGGGACACUCUCAAGGUGCACAGGCGAAGCGUAGGAGGCAAGGCUGUGAAGUGUGUGCUCAAAGAGGGCGGGGGCACGCAGGAGGUGGCCCUGGAGGAGGAGGCGCGGGGUAAGGUGUGUAUAAGUGACAGGGCAGCUCUGAGAGUGGCGCGGGUUGCCCUCUUCCUGCACCACGCCUUUGCUGGGCCACGGGACAUUGAGUUUGCUCUUCUGAAGAGCGAGGCGGUGGUGGUCCUGCAGGCUCGACCCAUCACCUCCCUGCACGCCUGGACGGAAUAUGAGAUGAUGCAUGACCUAGACACUGCCACUCUGACUGACGAGGACCCGAUCACGAAGGGGAAUACCGGCGAGGUGUUUCCAGGCAGCACUUCGCCUCUGUCCCUCUCAGUCGUGGGAAAGAUUCUGAACCUUGCCUUCCAGGAGCAAAAUUACAUCCAGGACAGACACCAGAACUACCUGUGUCCUUCUUACUACACUCAUGUCUUCAUUAACGUGAUUGAGACAAUGUAUCGCAACAUGGAGAAGGAGGAGGCGGGGAUGCUGGUCUUUCAAGCCCUGGACAUGGCUGUGUUUGGCCACCACACCACAACCCAGGCCAUGCUUCGGCACGCCAGGGAGAGGUUCGGUGUAUCAUCCAUGUGGAGGAAGCUGAGCCUCUCCCUCAGAAUCGUCUACGACAGAAUGUCGACGGGCAUGGCGAGGGUGAGGCGGUACCAGGACAAGUACAAGGACUUCAAGGUGGGGCAGGGCAAGACAGUGGGCGCCGCGGCCUUGUACGCGGAAAUUACCAGGCGCUUCCCCGACUUGCUGGAGGUGACCAAUGCACACAUGAGGACCAGCAAAGUCGCUUCCUUCUGCCUGACGAUCGCCUUCAUGAUGCUUGCUGACGGACGCAAAGAACUCAGUCAAGAGAACGUGGCAGACAUGGCCGUUCUACUUUCGUCAUGCACAGGAACAGAGUCUGCGGAAGUGCCCUCAGCUCUCAAGGAGCUGUCACGAGUCAUCAGUGAGAGCGAGGAGGCGGAGGAGUUCCUGGCUAUGUCUCCUGACGAGGCGCACGUCUGGCUUCGCUCACACCCUGGUCCCGUCGGCGCCGUCUUCAGGCAGUUCCUUAGCAGACAUGGCCACCGGAGUCUGAAGGAGCUGGACCUUUACUCCCUCUCCUGGCGAGUCAACCCACACAGCCUCCUGACGACGCUGCAGGUGAUGACGAGGUACCCCACAGGUGACACCCGUGCCCCCCGCCCACCUGUCGACCGUGACGAGCUUCUGGAUCAAUUUAGCUCACCUAUGUCACGAGGAACCAGACGCGCCCUGAGGUUCAUGGUGCCGAAAUGUCAAGAGAGUGUGGUACUGCGAGAAGCCACGAAAUCUUUACUUAUAAGAGUGAUCGACGGCCUUAGGAUUGGCUACAGGGAGCUGGGCAUGGCGUUGGUGAGUGAAGGAAGACUGCCGAACCCAGAUCUCGUUUUCUUCCUGACCCACUCUGAGUUGGGACAGUUGGUGGCUGUCCCCUCCCCGUCCCUUGUGAUGAAGGCAGUGGGCAAGGCGCGUCUUUACCCUCACCUAGACAAUUUGAGAUUCCAGGAACUCUCCCUUGGUACACCUCACCCUAUGCAGGAGAGGGAGGAGGGCGAGAGAAGCAAGGAGGCAGGAGCGGGAGUCGAGCUGGUAGGAUCUCCUGUGUUCCAAGGCACGGUGAAGGGAACAGCCAGGGUGGUGACGAGGCUGCAGGACGCCGAGACCAUACAGAGCGGUGACAUCCUGGUGACUGUUUGCACUGACAUCGGCUGGUCUCCUUAUUUCCCUCUGCUCUCUGGCGUGGUGACUGAGUUGGGUGGCUUAUUUUCCCACGGGGCGGUGGUGGCGCGGGAGUACGGGCUGCCUUGUCUGGUGGGCGUGGUUGGAGCUACAGGGGCACUUCGUUCAGGUGACAAGGUUCUCCUGGACUCGAUCCGCGGCACGUUAACGCUCCUCCAGUCCUCCUCCUCCUCCUCUCUCUCUUCCUCAGACAAAUAACUCACCUCCUAUGGGUAUAAAUUUAGUUCUUGAAAUAAAUAUGUCUUUGGAAGUAAA